CUGUGGUACUCUUUCUUUAUCCACUCUCAGCCAGUCCUCCGUUCCCAUCUGAAUAGAGAGAGUAGAGCUCCCCUCGUCGUCACCACAAUUUCUCUUCCAAAUCUAGGGUUACACAUCCGUCAUACUUUCAUCUCCGUUAGAAUCGUAGCAGGGAUCAACCCUUCCCAGUUCGGAAGCCGAGAUUUUUGCAUUUCUUCCUAGUUCUGCUAUGGCUGCUGUUGUGCUUGAAUCGCUCUCGGUUCCGCGCGCUCGUCCGGGCUCUGUGGUGUCGUCUACUCCUCGUGCGAUGGCUGCUGCUGUUCCAGCCUCCCUUGGAUACCCACCGGCAGCCCUCAUUUCGGAGUUCAAGGGUCUAAGGGUGGCAGGCCGUUCUUUGAGGGUUUCUUUGGCGGCGCGACGGACGAGUGGUAGGGUUUCUCACCGAGGAGCGGUGGUUUGCGAGGCUCAGAAUACGGCUGUCGAGGUGCCUGAUGUGACCAAAGAUACGUGGCAAUCACUGAUUUUGGACUCCGACAAGCCAGUGAUGGUGGAGUUUUGGGCACCAUGGUGCGGGCCCUGUCGCAUGAUUCUUCCCGUCAUUGCCAAGCUAUCGAAGACAUACGAAGGCAAGUUGAACUGCUUUAAGCUUAAUACAGAUCAAAGCCCAGAAAUAGCGACCCAAUAUGGCAUUCGAAGCAUCCCUACCAUCAUCAUAUUUAAGAACGGGGAGAAGAAAGAUGCUGUCAUUGGGGCUGUUCCAGAGAGCACAUUGAUUACCUCCAUUGAGAAGUUUGUAUAGACUGUAGAGGUGAGCAUUUCCAAAGUCCUUUUUCUAUUAUUAUUAGCUGCUCUGCUUUUUAUCCCCCAAGUGCAACAUUUUAAUACAAUUUUCUUCUAUGGAUGAUUUUCUUGUCUGCUUGUACAUAUCAAAGGGGUUGGUGAUACUCUUCUUCU